AUGGCGGCUUCUCUUCAAUCUGCAAACCCUAUACUCUCCUCCCGAACCCUAGCUUCUCCGAACCGAUCCUCCUUCGCUCAAUUCCGAUCUCCAUUUCUCAGAUUCGAUUCCGCCUCCGCCUCAUCCAAUUUCAAACCCCUCGUAUCUCGCGAGGCAUCGUCGUCGUUCGUCGCGCGCUCCGCCGCCGAGCCUCAGGAGAGAAAGACCUUUCACGGACUCUGCUAUGUCGUCGGCGACAACAUCGACACCGAUCAGAUCAUCCCCGCAGAGUUUCUCACCCUCGUCCCUUCGAAUCCCGACGAGUACGAGAAGCUCGGAUCCUACGCGCUCGUCGGACUUCCAGCUGCUUACAAGGAGCGAUUCGUCCAGCCAGGGGAGAUGAAGACGAAGUACUCAAUCAUCAUCGGCGGCGAGAACUUCGGGUGCGGAUCGUCUCGUGAGCACGCUCCGGUCUGUCUCGGAGCGGCGGGAGCUAAGGCGGUGGUGGCUCAGUCUUACGCGAGAAUCUUCUUCAGGAACUCGGUGGCUACGGGAGAGAUUUACCCGCUGGAUUCGGAGGUUAGGGUUUGUGAUGAGUGUAAGACAGGGGACGUUGCGACGGUUGAGUUGAGGGAAGGAGAUAGCAUUCUGAUCAAUCAUACGACGGGGAAAGAGUAUAAGCUGAAGCCGAUUGGUGACGCCGGUCCGGUUAUUGACGCCGGAGGUAUCUUCGCUUAUGCUAGGAAAGCCGGAAUGAUUCCAUCUGCUGCUGCUUGA